AUGGCGGCUGUAGGAACGAUUGUGCUUUGUUCGCGGCCGGCUGGGAUGGAUAUUCCACUAUCGGAGGAUUUGGAGUGGUGGAUCUGGAGCGGCGACUGUGAUGCUGCUGGGGAUGGAGUGGCGGAGAUUGAGGAGCGGAACGGUACCCAAGGCAUGAAGCCGGAUCAAGAUGAUAGAUGUCACAAGAUAUCACGAGUAACUAUGGAUAGGCCUCAUCUUACCGAUUCGGAGUCCGGGAUAGGCGGUUUACUGACUGCCGAGCCAUGGAAUUUACUUGACAAGGCCGGGAAAAGAGCAGGCAUCCCGCAUCAGUCCUCUCACCCAUGCCCGCUAACAUACCCUCCCCAUUCCUGCCUCCCUAAGCCUAUCCUCUGCCACUAUACUAUGCUCAACAACGAUGAUCUUGAACGAGCAGCUUGUAAGCUUGCCGACUUCCGCCAGGACUCUUCGCUCUCCAAGAUUCUCGACCAGUAUGCCGCCCUGAUUGAGAGUUACAAGCAGCUCAAGAGCGACUACGAAGAGGAGCGGGACAAUAGGGAAAAGUACAAGCGGAUGGCCCAGGGUCGCGGCGGAAAGCCCUUUGUGCUCGUUUUGAUCAACGGUAACGACUACAACUUCCCCGAGCAUUUGAUGACUGAAUGGGAAAGCGGAGGCGUUGCUGUAGCUGAGGUCUUGAAGAACGCAAUCAUGGGCAGCCCUCGGUGGAAGAAUCUCGACCACUGCGAGAUCAUGGUGCGCGUGUACGUAGAUAUGCGAACCUGGGCUGAGGUCCUCCGCAAUGUUCUUGACCCAAAGCACCAGAGCAUAUCGGUCUCGGCCUUUGCUGCCGGCUUCAACAAAUCCAACAACCUGUUCGACAUUGUCGACACCGGCAGCCUGGAAAAGACGGACGACAAGCUGCGGGCUGCUCUCGACCUAUAUGCGGCUGGCCCUCAGUGUAAGCACAUCUUCUUCGCGGGCUGCCUUGAUGCAAGAUACGUUCCCGAUCUGGCAAAGCAUAUAGACAAGAGGGAGAAGUUCACCUUGAUUGAGAGCCCUGAGGGAAAGCCUUGCAAGGAUCUUCUCACGCUGGGGAUGAACAUUGAGGCGUUUGAUAGCCUGUUUGAAGCUCAGAGAAUCGUUUCCGGCACAUUGAAUAGCGGAUCUUCAGACUGGACGCCUGAUUUUUCACACUCGGAUUCCAUGUCCGCGAUUUCAGGCCUCCAGAGGUGGACCUCAAGAAGAGAGCCGAAGGAGGAGAGUUCCUGGUUCGACCUUACCAGGAUUGGACUCUCAACUGGAGAUGAUGAGCGAUCAAGGAGUCCAUCAAUCGUUACGGCAGGGUCCAAGACGGAGACCAGCUCUGUAGUUCCGAAAAAAGCGCAGGUCAAAAGUAACACAUCUGCGAAGCUGGAAGACGCAGAAAAGAAGGACCCUGGUAUGGUUGCAGAGAAGCCGCGGAAGACGUGCAAGUUCUUCAAAAAGGAUGCGGGAUGCAGGUUCGGCUCAGGUUGCAAGUUCCGGCAUUAA